AUGACACAUGUGAUGUUGCACGGACAGCACGGACCUUAUGGACUUUUCAGGCAAAGUCAAGCAAUCAAAAACAGGUUUCCAUCCAGGGCCACAGGUACACCAAGACUCGAGGAGCAUAUGCUCAUUGUCUUUUGUAUGCUUCUAGUGCCUUCCGUCCAGGUCAAGCAUCAGGGAUCCGAUCAGAGUCCACGGUUAUCAGUAUCCAUUCCAUCCAGGUCAAGCUUCAAGGUUCAGGUCAAGGUCCACGGUUAUCAAGUCAAGCUUCAAGGUUCAGGUCAAGGUCAACGGAUUCAGGUCGAGGUCCACGGUUUCAGUAUCCAUUCCAUCCAGGUCAAGCUUCAAGGUUCAAGUCAAGUAUCCAUUCCAUCCAGGUCAAGCUUCAAGGUUCAGGUCAAGGUCCACGGUUUUCAGUAUCCAAUCCAUCCAGGAAAAGCAUCAAUGUUCCGAUCUCCCAGCUAUGUUUCAGCCAUCCAGGUCAAGUGUCAAGGGCCCGAUUUCCCGGCAAUGGCCAUCGAUGUCAGGCGUCAAGGUUCCGAUCUUCCAGCCAUGUGUUCAAUCAUCCAGGUCAAUCAACAGUAUUCUGAUCUCCCGUCCAUGUGUUCCGCCAAUCAUGUCAAGCGUCCAGGUUCCCAUCUCCCUGCCAUGGUUAUAGAUUGUUCAGUCAUCCAGGUCAAGCAUCUAGGUUCUGAUCGCCAAUCCAUGUCUCCAGCCAUCCAGGUCAAGCAUCAAGGUUCUACUCGCCCGCCCAUGUCUCCAGCCAUCCAGGUCAAGCAUCAAGAUUCUGAUCGCCCGUGCAUGUUUUCAGCCAUCCAGGUCAAGCAUCAUGGUUCCGAUCGCCCGUCAAUGGUUAUAACCAUCCGUGUCAAGCAUCAAGGACCCGAUCGCCCGUCCAUGGUUAUAGUGUUCAGUCGUCCAGGUCUAGCAACAAGGUGUUCAGUCAUCCGAAUGAAGCGUCAAGGACCCGAUCGCACGUCCAUGGUUAUAGGUUCUGAUCUCCCAGCCAAGGACAAGCAUCAAGGGUCUGAUAGCCCGUCCAUGUGUUCAGUCGUUCAUGUCAAGCAUCAAGGUUCCGAUCACCCGUCCAUGCCUCCAGCCAUUCAGAUCAAGCGUCAAGGACCUGAUCACCCCUCCAUGUUUAUAGUCAUCCAGGUCAAGCAUCAAGGCUUCGAUAGCCAGCCGAUGUCUCCAGCUAUCCAGGUCAAGCAUCAAGGUUCUGAUCUCCCCGCCAUGUCUCCGGCCAUCCAGGUCGAGCUUCAAGGUGCCGAUCUCCCGUUAUAUGGUUAUAGUGUUGAAUCCACCAAGAUCAUGCUUCACGGAUUCGGAUUCAUGUCUACUCAUCCACGGCAAUUAUCAGAAUCCGAUUUUCAUGAAUUGUUAUAG